AAGGGAUACUUUUUUUCUAUUUUAAUCCAAUUGUCCUUAUCGCAAAUGAAAAAUCUGUGUUAAUGUCAUGGAGUCAUGAUGGGUCGAUGGGGGCUUUGCCACAGUGUGAUCGGAUAUGCCUUUUGCAGCAGACAAAUUAAGGUUUAGCAGCAUAGUAGAAGUCUUACGUUUCAAUCCAACUGAACCGGAAAGGCAAGGAUUCAAGCCAGGGAACUUUUGUGCUGUACUGGUAGUGAGGUUCGUUUUGUCAUGGUGACAGCAAUAGGUGACUGGUGGUGACAAUAGGUGACAUACAGAGACCAAAGUCAUUAUCUUGAUUGAAGGACACGCAACUUGAGACCAGGCAAACCAGCAACAUGAGCAAACUCAAGGGAAAGAAAAAGAAGGGGCCUAGCAGCAAGAAGAAAGGUCUAACAGAGGAUGACUUCCUAUUUGCACAAGAAGCGACGCAAGCUCUGACUGCAAACAUUGAUGAAUUUGAUGAAGUCCAACAGACCUCCACUCUGCAAACUCUACAGAACGUCGAUAAUUUUGAUGAAAUCCAACAGGCCCCUUCUCUGCGACCACCGUUACGAGCGGCUCCCCAGUCCCAGACAGUUUCAAGUAUGUCCUUGGCCACAAAAAGGGUUUCAAGUAUGACCCUGGCCCCACAGAAAAGACAGAUCCCAGCACCACCAUCACUUCAGGAUUUUAAUAAUACGAGCAUCGGCCUUAUUCGCCCACAGUCAGCUGUUUCAGAACCUGACCCUGUUGAUAUGAGUUGGGAGCAGCUCUUCACAGGCCUGGAUGUUAAGACAUACUAUCCACUGGAAUCAUUUAAGGCUAAAAUCCAGUAUGUGGACGCCUGUCUGGGGCAUGUGGACUUUGGAGGAAUAGACCAACUGACUGACAGCACCUUCCGAGUGUUGUACAGCGCCCUCUCUCAGUUCAGUGGAAAACUGCACACCAUAGACUGUGAGGGCUGUACUCACCUGACUGAUGCAGGUGUCUACUGGUUGGCCAGGUGUGGUCAGGUGGGCGGACUCGAGGAGGUAAAGCUCAGAGGCUGCAGACAGCUGACAGAAGCCUCCAUCUUACAUCUCCUAAAGCACAGCCCAGGACUGGGUGUCCUGGAUAUGAGCUUCACCUCUGUGUCCUCCCUGUCUGUCUUCGUGGAGAAGGAGUAUACGCCAAGAGGGUUUCUCAAAGUGGACUUUACCGGCUGUCCGCUCGUCACCCCUCCUGCAAGUCAAGCCAAGGGCUUGGAGUCAUUUCAAGACAUUCUAAGCUUCUUCCAAGAUAGAGGCAAUGAGAAUCUGGUUUAUAAGGCACCCCAGUACAGAGUUGUCAUUGUGGGAGACUACACUCCAGCCGCGGCACAACUGUUGGUGUCGCUCCUGCCAAAAGUCUCCAAACUGUCCAACCCCCCACUGCCGGGACAGAUAGAAGUGUACCAGGACUGUGUGCUGCAGCACGGUGGGAAGAAACGCACUCUCGAAAUCGUUUAUUGCAGUCCUGAAGAGUUGAACAGUGCCCUGUUUGUGAAUGAGGGGACUAUGUUUGUGGUGAUCAGUAAUGGUAGGAGCACAUGUACUAGGGGUGCAGACAUCAUCAAGGGCAUUUGGGCAAAGGUCCCCAAAGCACCCUGCCUCUUGGCUCAGUUGUCAGGAGAAGAGGAGUCGUCUACAUUUGACAUGACCUCAGCUGUGGAGCUAGCCAGGGGGGCUGUCCACACCAUGGAAGGGAGUAUAGCCGGCAUGGACUUUAACAGUCAGUGCAAUUUUGGACAGAGUUGCCAACAAAUGAUUGACCUGAGGCAGGCGAUCAAGGUUAUAUCUGUUGAUGAAUCACAGGGAGCAGAAAAGCUACUUGUGGAAAUUCAGGAAAUGAUGGACACAGCAGACAAACUGUGGCCUCAGUUCAAGAGUCAGUCCCCGGAGUUUCACGAGUUUCUCAAGCAUCUCAAGGCCGUUGCUCUCAAGCAGAAAAUUCUUCCGCUGGAAACGCUUGUGAAGGAGCUACCCAAGAAGUGGCUGGGAGAUGGCAUACUGGCAUAUGGGAAGGCACUGGAAGUGUUACACAAUAUGGGUCAGGUGUUCUACCUUCCCAUGCUGAAGGACCAGCCAGUCAUCCUGGAUGUUAAGUGGUUUGUACAGACUGUUAAAGAGGUGUCCACGUCCAAACUGUUGGUGCCAAUCGGACACAAUCUGGAUGGAUUUGCACCAGACGUGAAUGUCAUCCCAGAGAGUGCUUUGUCCACCCUCUCAAAUGUCACAGGAAACAAUUUGUCACUUGCAACUAGAGUCCUGACUGAUCUCGGGAUCUGCAUCUGCCCAUACAACCUUCCUGGAGUCAGUGCUGAUGGUGCUUUGGUGCCCUAUGCCAACAUUCCUGCAUCACCUGUAGUGGCUUUGGAUCAGUUUUGGCCUGUGAAGGCCUCCCCAGAUGACCUGGAGAUGACUCAGCACUAUCACAUCCUCCCCGCCCCUCCCCCGGGACUGAUGGCAUCACUGCUGUCCGAGUUCAGCCAGCUCGGGGGCUUGUCCCUGGUCUGGAGGGAUGGGGUCAUCUUCCAGAGGGGGGCAGUGGAGGUGCUGGUCCAGAUAGACAAGAAAGAUGUACAUGUGGGCAUUCCAAUAGUGGAAGCUGAGAAGUUGGACUUGCAGAAAUCAAAGGCUGUAAAGACGGAAGAAGCUGUUCAAAAGAGUGUCGUUAUCAGUUUUGCAACAAAAGACCUUCGUCGUGUGCAAAAUAUUGCAACAGAACUUACAUCAAAGGGGUAUGUGGUGACCAUGGAUGGUAACAACUCUGUAACAGACACAGUGAACAUGGCUGCUGUAGUCCUCAUGUGCAUCACCAAUGACUACAAGGACACAGGACGGUGCAAAAGAGUGGCGCAGCUUGCAGCAGAGUUAGGAGUACCCCUGAUCCCCAUCAAGCUGCAGACUGACGUAGUGCUGGACGAUUGGCUGCAACUUGUGAGCAACAAGGUUCUCAUCAACAUGACGCCCACCCAAGACUGGGGCUGGGCUGUAGAGACUUUAACAGGCGAGCUGGGAAGCUUGGGGAAGAAGGUUGCCAAUCCUCGGAGCAACUUUGUACAGCCAAAGAAACUGAAGGACACACAAACGCUAGGAGGCCCAUACUUGACUGUAGCAGCCAGGACUCAGAAGCCCCAGCCAGGCACGGACGUUGGUUGGGUUCAGCAGAUCUUCCAUAGCUGCCUGACUGUAGUGGAGUAUGUUCUCAGGACACAGGGACUCUCUGCAGUUGUGACCAUUCCCUGUCCUCAAUGCGUGGCAACUGAGAAGAAGACGGUCCAUGAAUUCCAGAGAGACAUGCUCAAAUCCACCAAGGUGGUGGAAUGUCCCAACUGUGGUCUACAGCAAAGUGCAGACAUCUUGAAUGGAGAUUCUGAAGCAGUUUUUCUUUCCAACCACAUGUGGCCAAGCAAAGCCCUUCCUGAAGGUUCCCAGAAGUUCCUUGGAGUCAUAGAAGGAAACAAAGACCUGUGUGUGCCUUGUGGUGUUACCAGGGAGGUGGCCAGUAAACAUGGGCAAAUUCAGAGCAUGAUAACCCCAACCUUUGGGCACGAGUGCCAACUGUACCCAACAAGAAGACCAGAUCAGCAACUGAAAGAAGAGGACAAACAAGGAUCACUCUUCCAUCCCAGCCACAAGAUGGAAGUCAUCAGUGCCCAGCUGCUGGAUCCAGAGGGUUUCAGGGACUUUGAGGUCUUCCCAACUGAUGGAGCCGACAACUUGAACCUCACAUUUGGAGUGAGAAGUGCAAAGGGAAAAAUCAGCAUGACAGUGAAGGGUACAGAGGUCUCCAUAGCCAUGCCUGAUUCCCCUAAUGGUACAACUUACCAGACGGACUCACCUGCAGCCAUAUAUGGGGUGAAAGUGGAGAAUGCAGACCAAUUUGAUCCUUCUGAGGAGGAGAAUCUUGCAAUAGAGCCUGAUGAGCCAAUACAACAGGUGCCUGUGCAGAUGUUCAACAAUAAAUGGCAAGCAACAAUGAGGCUGGAAUCAAAGGACAAGCAGAACCCCACCAUGAUCUGUGUCAGCACAGUCAUGAAGGUUGAACCUCCCUCCGCCGAACACAAGAAAACCAGAGUUCAUAUCCACUUUGAUGGAUGGACGGACAUGUUCGACUACUGGGCAGAUGUGGAUGACCCCGCCCUUCAUCCACUUGGGUACUGCAAGGCCAAUAGGAUCACGCUUCAAAAGCCUCAUGGUUAUUCAAGACAGUUUGAUUGGGAACAGUACCUGAAGGAAGAGAAUGUUGAACCUGUGCCAUAUGCCUUAUUUGAUGAGACCCAGAAGGAAAACAGCGAGCCAUUUUUGUACGAUCCCGACGAAGGGCUGGUCAUCUUUUCUUCCGAGGAGGAACAACAGCAGGCUCUUGCAGGAUUUGUUAAAUCUGGUUCUCAACUACUAACAAGGAAAUGCAAGGUAAUCCUGACCAGAAAUGGCCAGACAUUGUCCUCUGCAGUUACAGAGGGGGAGAUCCGUGUGUUCCUUUCCUACUCUGCAUUGUCCCAGGGUUCUUCAGGAUCAUGGUUGGACAAAGACCAACGACUGGUUCUGGCCAGCCAUACCAUGCAUUCGGGAGGGUCUGCUGUGUCCGUCCAACACUUGUUUUCCUCUGCGCCGCUCCAAAUCGGGAUGCGGAUGGAAGCUGAUGACCCUCUGGGCAGUGGAGAAGCCAAAAAUCACCUUGUUUGUGUGGCAAACAUCAAGGAUAUGGUCACAGAGGCAGAUGGGAGACAGAAGAUUGAGGUCCAUUUUGAUGGCUGGACUAACAAGUACAACUACUGGUGCUACACAGACGACCCUAAGAUACAUCCCAUUGGUUACUGUGCUUUCAAGGGCAUUAACCUGCAAAAACCUAAGGGUUACUCAGGCACAUUCGAAUGGGACAGCUAUCUAGACAAGAUAGAGAAGGAAUCAGUGCCGUACAGGAAAUUCAAUAGUGAACAGACCAAGGGCUGUCCACCGUAUGGGAUGAGUACAAAAGCCAAGAAGGGUUCCAAGGCAAGUGGAACAUCUACCAAAGUCAUCGCAUGCAUGGACUAUGGCAAACUGGUACCUCAAACCUCCGAUGUCUGCAAGUUUGUGGAAGCCUACCAGUCCAAGAUUCUGUCUCCGAGGCUGCUCCCUGAGAACCCCACGUUUGCUGUCCUGCUGCCUGAACAGCUGGACCUCCAACAGCUGCUGUACCCCAGCCGCCGGGCAGUGCAGGGCGGACAGGGGCAGACGCUCCACGUGUUGUGCCCUGGGGAACUGCAAUACCAGAACAUCCACCUGGUUGGGACAGCCAAUGCUGUCACACUUGGACAGCAAUCUGAUAAAGUCCAGGGAAUGCUGUCCAAGCUGCUGCUGUUCUGUCACAGCCUCAUCACUUGUAGAAAGGUUUUCCUUCCACCAGACCUAACAGCUCUAGUGAAGGAGGAAGUGACAGAAGACUUGGUGAUACGCGCCCUUGCAAGACUCCUGUCCAUGUAUGCCUCAGCCAGCCUUCUUGCAUCCUACCUACAAGGAUAUGACUUAAAUCAAGUCACAACAAGCAUGGACAAGUGGCUACCACAGGAGAUGUCAGCCAUCAAGGACACGGUUCUGGCAGGCAAGGCUGUGAAUGGAACGAAUGGUCAGUGGCUGUGCCCUGGUCACCAGGCUGCCUGGCACAUCAACGACAGCUCCCUCCAAGCCUUCCCCCUACAAGAGUUUGCCUCCUAUGCAAGUACCAUCAGCACACUGACAUUCGAAGCCAACGGGAUACAGUCUCUACCAGACAACUUCUUCACAUCGUUUCUGUCCAUCCGCCAAGCCAACCUUUCCUCCAAUCAACUCCAAGGCCUUCCUCUUGGCAUCGGAAGUUGUCAGAAUCUCGAAUCACUCUCAGUUAAUCACAAUUCAAUCACCAACCUCCCAACUGACUUCCAUAACUGUGGUAGCUCACUGCUAGUAUUGAAGAUCAGCGGAAACCCCAUGGACAGCCUCCCAACUCCUCUGGCUAACUUUGGACAGUUGGAGGAGCUCCAGGCAGCAAGCAUGCAACUGAGGCAGCUGCCUGACGACAUCAAAGGCUUGAAGAAGCUGAAGAUCUUGAAUGUCUCGUCAAAUCCCCUUAACGAACUGCCUGCUUCCUUCUGUGAGCUGAAGAAGCUAACACAUCUUGAUAUUUCUGGUGUGCCAUGGAUAGAGCAGGAACAGGGGAAGGCAACUUUGCUGUCCUAUGAAGCAUUUCUAAACUUCACAAAGAAGCAUGGCAUAUUUUCUUCAGUUUCAGAAAAGGAACUGAGGGAAGUCUUCACAUCCUGUGAUAAUGACAAGAAUGGACUACUGGAUGAAGGGGAGGUGCCAAAGUUGAACGCACAACUUUUCAUCAUGUUCCCCAGGUUUGGAGCAGAGAGCACAACAGAUGAUGAUCUGGGAGGGAUGCCAGAACAGAUCUUUGCCCUGGACAGUCUGGAGGAGCUGCACAUGAGGUACCAGGCCCUGCGCAGGGUGCCGGCUGAGGUGAAGAGGCUGGAGAAUCUGAAACAGCUCAGUCUGCAGCACAACCCCAAACUGGAGACACUUGCAGCUGAGUUAGGGGGACUGCAACUGAAGGGACUGCAGAUCUCCAACUGUCCAACGUUGAGGACCCCUCCAAGGGAGAUUGUUUCCAGGGGCUUCUCCGCUGUCAUGGCUUACCUGGCUAGACUGUUGUCAGGCUCGGUGGAGUGUAAGAGGACUAAGCUCAUGUUUGUGGGCCUGGGAGGAGCUGGCAAAACAAGUCUGAUGCGGGCCCUGAUGAGUGGCAACUACGUUACCCCGGCAACCGUCGGAGAGGCCAUCACUGACGGAAUCGACAUCAAGACCUGGGAGAUCAAGCAGGGUGCAUCCAAACUGUCCUUCAGUGUGUGGGACUUUGCUGGACAGACUGUGUACUACAACACUCAUCAGUUCUUCCUGUCCAACCGUGCUGUGUACAUGCUGAUCUGGAACACACGACUGGGGCAUGAACAUGCUGGCCUGGACUUCUGGCUCAGCUCCAUCGAGUGCCAUGCACCCAAGGCUCCCAUCUUUGUCAUUGGAACUCAUGCUGACCAAGUCACCAAGUCCGAGUUGCCUAUGGAGGAGUUGAGCCGCAGGUAUAGCCAGAUCAAGGGGUACUUCUGUGUCAGCUCACAUACUGGACAGGGUGUGAAGGAGCUGCAUGACAAGCUGAUCUCGGUGACCCUGGAUGAACCCUACAUGGGUGAGAGGAUCCCACAAGUCUGGCUCAGCUUUGAGCAGGCUGUCAUCAAGGACCGUAAGAAGCAAAGUGUGCUCCCCUGGGAGGUGGUGGCCAAACAUGCCAGUGGUGCCGGCAUCUUCGACAGGAGUGAGCUGAACCAGGCUGUCCAGUUUCUCCAUGACCUUGGCACCCUGCAGCACUUUGACAAUGAGUACCUGAAGGACAGAGUUGUCAUCAACCCACAGUGGAUCGUUGAUGUCAUGGCCUGUGUGGUGUCUGUCCACACAACGGCUAUCAAGGAGGGUCGGUUUGAGCACAGGGAUGUGUCAUUGGUGUGGCAGGAUUACCCAUCAGACCUGCACAACUGGCUCCUCCGCCUGACUGAGGAGUUUGACCUCACCUUCCCUCUCCCUGACCAGCCUGUCAAUGUGGUACCCUGCCUGCUACCGGACAAGGAGCCUCAGUACAACUGGCCAGAAGUUGAACCCCCAUGCCAUGAGACCAAGAUGCUGUACAGGUUUGACUAUCUGCCAGCUGGGCUCUUCAACAGGGCUCAGGUCCGCUUGUGCCAGUACUCGGACAGUUCAGCAGUGUGGAAGCGAGGCUCUCUUCUCAGGAAGAACAAACACCUGGCUCUCAUCCAGCAAACAAGGGGUUCUGAGCUCCUGGUGAGAGUACAAGGGCCCCGACCAGAGAACAUCUUGUUCCUGGUACAUGAAGUGUUUGAGGCCCUUAUUGCUGAGAGUUUCCAUGGUGUGCAGUACGACUUCCUCAUUCCCUGUCCAGACUGCAUCAAAGUGGGUUCCCUGGAUCCCUACAUGUUUGCAGCCUCGCUGGUGAGGAAGGCAGUUGAGCUGAAGGCUCCCUUCCUACAGUGUGGCACCUACUUCCACAUCGUGUCCAUCACUGAGCUACAAGCCAUCAUGCCCCCAACGUCAGGCACAGACUUCCACAUGCACCUGGAGAACGCUGUGAGAGACCUGCAGAAUCUCCACAUCACUCUGUCCACUGAUGUCUUCAUCACCUUCUGUCAGGACAACGUCCCAGCUGACUACGACGACCGUCGGGCAGUUCACCCGGCCAGGAUCAGGGACGACAUCCAGGCUGCAGGAUACACAUGCUGGUAUCAAGAAGACCAGAAUGACCUGGAUGUCCAGGACUUGGCAGUGGCCAUGAAAGAUGCACAGGUGACAGUCGUAAUGAUGUCUGACGAGUAUGAGAGAUCAGACUCCUGCCGUGCUAUCAUCCACUAUGUGAGGUCAACCCUGAGGAAACCGGUUAUACUGAUAGUGGUUGGAAAAAGUUGGAACUGGCAGAAAACUGACACUGGCCUUCUACUGGCACACAUGCUGUACAUCAACAUGCAGGACCCCAAACUCUACAAGGACAAGAUUGCUGAAGUGUUGAGCCAGCUUGAGAUGAAAACAACCAAGAAACAGACCCAACAGUUCCCUCCCUGCUUCAUCAGCUACUGCUGGGCCAACUCUGAGGAUGCGUGUAAGAUGGGGCAGGUCACCAGACAUCCAGGGGCUGUGGGCAGAGUUGAUCCUCGCCAGCUGAAAUCACACCUUGAACAGAAGGAUGUCAAAUGCUGGAUGGACAUUGAACGUGUGGGCAAGGCAGGACUGUUUGAGGACAUUGCAGAGGGGUUACGACAUGCCAAGAUGGUUGUGGCCUGUGUUUCAGAUGAGUAUGUGCGUUCCAAGAACUGUCAGAUGGAGUUCCGUUUUGCUGCUGUGACCCUGCGGCUGCCCAUUGUCCUGGCUGUGGUGGGGACCGGCUACCAGUGGGAGUCUAGUGAGUGUGGUAUGCUGAGCCUUGGCUUCAACAAGAUAAACUUCCAACAUGGAGGAGAGGUGGAGAUGGACAAGUUAGUGGAGUAUGUGCAGGAGAAGUGCAAGACUGAUGAAGAAGCCACCAAUGACAACACUGCUGAAGAGGACAAGUCUAGGAACAGUGCAUCAUUCCAGGAGCUGUAUGAGUUAGCCCAGAGGAAGUUCCUGAGACAGGUGGCUCACUAUGAGGAACUGCUGGACCUGCCUCCAUACCCACGACUGGUGGUGGUAGACUUCCAUCAGCAUCAGUGUUUUAGAGUCCUGUGUGAACAUGAACAGGGCUGGCACCUGUGCAGUACAGCAGGUGUGCCUGUACCAGGCUCCCAGGCUGAGCUCCAGAGUAAACUGAAGUCCUGGUCGCCUUACCUGGCCAGACUGUACGCCAUCCUCAAACACGGCCCUGUGCAGCUGGACGUCUUAACGGAGGAAGAGAAGGGAGACCAGUUCCUACAGUUCCUUGAAGAGCAUGUUGGAUCUAGUCUGGACUUCAACCUGCCAUUUGGUGAGUUGAUCAAGGCAGCUAUUGCAGCAGACACCGAGGGUACAGCAGGAGGACUGGCAAGAUGUCACCUGCCCAAUGGGAAGACAGUGUGGCUGUGUGAGCAGCACAGGCACAACGGGCGCCUCACCAUCCUGGACAGUGAGGUGGCGGCACCUGCAGCAGGUGGUGGUGAGCAGUCACAGGUUGAUGCUGACAUGCUUGAACAGCUCCAGAACCUGAACAUCAACGAUGUCCCUACGCCACAGAAACAACCGCAGAAACAGCCGCAGAAGGAUCAGGCACAGAAAGAUCAGCCGCCAAAACAAAAGACAUCUGCAGCCAAUGGUACUGGUGUAAAUCAGGAACCAACGAAACAAAAGUCGGUGGAGGAAGGCCCUAAAGCUGCAGCAGAAGCUCCUAAGAGGCCAAAGACAGCCAAGGAGAAGUUCAGGAGUGCUGUCAAUGCAGUCAGUGGUGCCAACAACCAGAGCAAGGCUUGCAGCCUGAUGUAG